AUGCUGCUUCUAAUCUUCAUAAUCCUCCAUCUAUUCUCGCCGGCGGCAACCACCGUUAACAACAUCACACUUCCAGGUUGCACAAGUAAAUGCGGCAACCUCACCGUACCAUACCCGUUCGGCAUCGGAUCCAACUCAGGUUGCUCCAUCGGACCAUGGUUCGACAUCAGCUGCAACACAUCCUUCGAUCCCCCCAAAGCUUUCUUACCAGAAAAUCUAUUUUCUUACACCGGAAGUAGUAAUAUUCAGCGGCUAGAAAUAGUGGGUAUCUCCGAUGAGCACGUGAGAGUCAAGAACACAGUCGCUUUCAAGUGCUACAGUCAGAUCGGUGAGAUAAUUGAUGAAAGACCCACCGGACUAGUGGUGGUGAGCUCCUACUUCACGUUGUCGGAACUGAACAAACUGAUAGCUGUUGGGUGCGAUGACUACUCGUUCAUAUCUCCGGUGGCUGGGAUCGAAGGCAAGAAUUUCAGCAGUGGAUGCGUGAGUGUAUGCGCUAAUGUUGAAGAUGUUCCUGUGGGUUCAUGUUCAGGCAUGGGGUGUUGCGCGACGAGCUUGCCGAUGGGCUUAACAACAUAUGUAGCACAAGCAUUCACACUUAAAAGACACACAGACGUUUGGUCUUUCAACAAAUGUGGGUACACUUUCCUUGGUGAGGAAACGGCAUUUACGUUCCAGGGUGCUUCGGAUUUCACAGAUCCCGAUUUCGUGAACCGUACUGAGGAGACUGUUCCGGUGGUUCUCAAUUGGGUUAUCGGGACUAGGAGCUGUAAUGAAUAUAAGAACACAAGUGAUUACUAUUGUCAACAGAAUAGUAUUUGUGUAGAUUUUGAAGGGGGUAAUGGAGGUUAUAGGUGCUCCUGCAACAAUGGCUAUCAAGGGAAUCCUUAUCUUCCUCCUGGUUGCAAUGAUAUCGAUGAGUGUGCGGAUCCUAACAACAAUCCUUGCGAUGGGAUUUGUUCUAAUCUCCCUGGCAGUUUCAACUGUUCGUGUCCUCAUGGAUAUGAAGGAGAUGGGAGAAAGGAUGGGAAUGGUUGUACGGUUCGGAACUCGAGAUCGCCGUUCCUCAAGUUGUCCGUUGGAAUGGGGGUCGGAUUUUUAACUGUACUGAUCGGAAUGGGAUGGUUGUAUUUCAGCCACCAGAGAAGAAAGGUUAUCAAACUGAGGGAGAAGUUCUUCUUGAAAAAUGGUGGGUUGUUGCUGAAACAACAAAUUGAUUCGAACGAAGGUGGCGGUGUCAAUCAGUCGACCAAAAUUUUCACCACUGACGAGCUAAAAAAAGCGACAAAGAACUUCUCUAAAGAUAGGAUUCUUGGUCGUGGUGGCUAUGGUACGGUAUAUAAAGGGAUCUUACGUGAUGGAAGCAUUGUUGCGAUAAAGAAGGCGCGAGUGAUGGACGAGAGUCAAAUCGAGCAGUUUAUCAAUGAGGUUGUGAUUCUUACUCAAAUUAACCACCGGAACGUUGUGAAGCUCUUAGGUUGUUGCUUGGAGAGCGAAGUCCCAUUACUCGUCUACGAAUGUGUUUCGAAUGGCACCCUCUUCCAUCAUAUCCACAGCAAUGGUGGAAUGGAUUGGUUAUCUUUGGAUAAUCGUUUAAGGAUAGCUGUCGAGUCUGCUGGUGCACUCGCUUACCUCCACUCGGCAGCUCAAAAGCCCAUCAUCCAUCGAGAUGUGAAAUCCGCCAACAUAUUAUUAGACGAGAACUUGGUCACCAAAAUUUCCGACUUUGGGGCCUCAAGAUUGAUUCCCUUGAACCAAACACAUGUGAGUACAUUAGUUCAAGGGACAUUAGGGUAUCUUGAUCCUGAAUACUUUCACACAAGCCUACUAACCGAUAAGAGCGAUGUUUAUAGCUUCGGAGUUGUGCUUUUAGAGCUUCUAACGGGUAAGAAGCCACUUUGCGUGGAACGGAGUCAAGAGCAAAGAAACUUAGCGGCUCAUUUUCUUGUUUCUUUGCGGAUGAAUAAACUGUUUGAAAUGCUUGACCGUCGAGUGGUGAGAGAGGGUUCACUUGAACAACUAGAAGCAAUAGCUUCGCUAGUGAAGCGGUGCCUCAACAUGAACGGCUACGACAGACCAACAAUGAAGGAAGUGGGCAUGGAACUAGAGAGGUUGAGGAGAUUGACGAAGCAGCCUUGGGUUAAUCAACAUGGCAACGAAGACAGUUCGACCCGAAUGAGUGAGGGCGAACACUCGUACCUCUCUAACGUCUCGUUAGAUCUAUAUACGGACUCGAUAGAGUUAGCAAGUCCCAAUAAUUCAGAUCAUAUUGGUUUGUUGUAUCCCAUGGAUGAAUGAACCUAUAUGAUCAACCAUUGGUGUGGCUGUGCAGAUAAGGUGAUCUUAUCAUGUUAUCCAACUAACUGUCAACUAUUUUGUUUAUAUGUUUGAGUAAUUUAACA